UCCUCGAUUGAUUCUGCUACUUUAAAGUUUAAACUUGUCCUAUAGAUUUGACCCAACAUUUUAACUUUCUAGGCUCUGUUCGAUCGAAUAGUCUACCGCAACUCCCCGCUAUACCCCCAAAUUGUUCUGGGUUUUAUUAUAUUCCCACGAAUCCAUUGAAAAACCCAAAAAAAAAGGGGAAAAAUGUUUACACGGCUCUUCUACUUUGUUGGUUAAGGUUUGGUGAUUCACUGAAAGUUUCUUUUUCGGAUUCUAAUUGAUAAAGCAAAUCAAUUGAGCUUUUGGUUAUUUAAGAGAUGGCGGGUCAGAAUCAAGGCGUAAGUAUGGACCAAUUCGAAGCGUAUUUUAGGAGAGCCGAUUUGGAUCAAGAUGGAAAGAUCAGUGGAGCUGAAGCUGUCGGCUUUUUUCAAGGAUCCAAUUUGCCUAAACAAGUUCUCGCCCAGAUAUGGAUGCAUGCUGACCAGAGCCAUAAUGGUUACCUCAGCCGCCCAGAGUUUUAUAACGCCCUUAAACUUGUAACCGUUGCACAGAGCAAGCGAGAACUAACACCAGAUAUCGUGAAAGCAGCAUUAUAUGGUCCUGCUUCUGCUAAAAUACCUGCUCCACAGAUUAACCUUGCAGCUACACCUACACCUCAGUUAAAUUCAGUAGGUGCUGCAUCUGCACCACAUAUUGGGGGAGUUCCCCCUGCUGCUUCUCAAAGUAGCGGUUUCAGAGGGCAGUUACCUCCAAAUGAAAGUAUGAAUCCACAGUAUCUCCAGUCUCAAGGUAUGCAGUCUACAAGGCCUCCCCUCCUUACGCCUACAGCUACUGCUUCACAUCCACCGCAGGGUGUCUCUCCUUUGACUUUUCCCAGUGGAGGUAGCUCGCUGGGUCCUACUCUGCCAAACUCAUCAGAUGGCUGGCUUGCUGGUGGAACUGUUGGAGCUUCUAGUGGACCAGCAGCACACAUGCCUAACAGAGCAGCUAGUCCCUCCAUGCUUGCAGCGUCACCAAAAGUUCAACAUCCAAUUUCAACAUCUUCAUCAUCAGCAGUUAGUGAUCCUAAAGCUCUACAUGGUCCUGGCAAUGGGUUUACAACAGAUUCUAUGUUUGGAGGUGAUACAUUCUCUGCCUCCCGUGGUCUUCCCAAGCAACCUUCCCUGCCACCAGCAUAUUCUGCAAGCAGCACUUCUGUAUCCUCAGGCAUUGUUCCGAUAACUAGUGCUCCUGAAUCUUCAGCUAAGCCUGAUCCUUUUGCAGCAUUGCAAAGCACUUAUACGGUGUCCUCUACAGGGGGUCUGCCUCAGCAGGCGCAGCCUGUUGCACGUAACCAACAAAAUUCACCUCAAGUUUCCCAGUCAUUCUCGUCAUCUGGAAUGGCUGUCGGUGGUGGAAAUUCUAGUUCAGAGCAAUCACAACCUUGGCCAAAAAUGACGCGUCCUGGUAUUCAGAAGUAUGCAAAAGUGUUUAUGGAAGUGGAUACAGACAGAGAUGGUAAAAUUAGUGGUGAACAGGCACGCAAUCUGUUCUUAAGUUGGAGACUCCCGAGAGAGGUCUUAAAGCAGGUCUGGGACUUAUCAGAUCAAGAUAACGAUAGCAUGCUUUCUUUGAGGGAAUUCUGCAUAGCUCUCUAUCUGAUGGAACGGUAUAGGGAAGGUCGCACUUUGCCGCCGCAACUUCCUUCUAUUAUUAUGCUCGAUGAGAUUCUACUCUCCCUAGCAGGGCCCCCAGCUGCAUCUCAUGGAAAUGCUGGCUGGGGCCAAAAUCAUGGUUUGAGACCACAACAUAGUUCAUCUGGUGCUCUGCCAAUUAUGCAAGCUGGUGUAAGGCCUGGUAUGCAAGCAGUAUCUCGGGCUGAUGGAAGGUCAGUGCAAUUCAGUCAACAGAAUGCUAGAGGACCUUUGGUCGGGAAUUCCCAUGUGAAUGAGCUGAGUAACGGGCAGCAGAAUUCUUUGGAGAUGAAGGGUCAAAUUGCAGCAGAAACUGAAAAUAAGGUUGAAAAUAAGGAGAAGUUACUUCUAGAUUCAAAAGAGAAGCUUGAGUUUUACCGGACGAAAAUGCAGGAUCUAGUUCUUUACAAAAGUAGAUGUGAUAAUCGACUCAAUGAAAUCACAGAAAGGGCACUGGCAGAUAAGCGUGAGGCUGAGUUACUUGGCAAGAAAUAUGAAGAAAAAUACAAGCAAGUUGCAGAAAUUGCUUCCAAAUUAACAAUUGAAGAGGCUUCAUUUCGUGAUAUCCAGGAGAGGAAGACAGAAUUACAUCAAGCAAUUAUCAAGAUGGAACAAGGUGGCAGUGCAGAUGGUAUUCUUCAGGUUAGGGCCGAUCGCAUACAAUCAGAUCUUGAGGAGCUAUUGAAGGCUAUAACAGAACGUUGCAAGAAACAUGGUCUAAAAGUGAAGUCAACCACCUUAGUUGAACUUCCUCCUGGGUGGCAACCUGGCAUUCCAGAGAUAGCAGCUGUGUGGGAUGAAGAAUGGGAUAAGUUUGAAGAUGAAGGCUUUUCAUUUGAUGUUGCUGUUUCUGCAAACACCAAGCCAACAUCUCCUCAGCAUGAAAAUUCUUCUCCAACAGAUAGCUUUUCCCCUGAUUCAAUGUCAAACGCUGAUAAGUCAGAAAGAACAUUUACUAAAGGCGUUAGUGCUUUUGAGACUGAUUCGUUGUAUACUCAUAGUGAAGACGAAUCAAAAAGCCCACGUAGUAGUCCAGCAAGACAAACUGCAUCUGAAAGUCCAUCGCAUGAUUAUUCUGAUAACCAUUUUGGGAAGAUCUUUGAGGCUGAUACCGAAUCUCAUAGAGGCUAUGACGAAUCUGCAUGGGGCACCUUUGACAAUAAUGAUGAUGUAGAUUCCGUGUGGGGCUUCAGUGCUAAGGACUCAAAUCAUGAGAAGCCUUCUGAGAAGUAUUUUUUUGGUUCUAGUGAUUUUGGUGGAAGCCCUUCAAGGACCGAAUCACCCCAGGCAGAUAGUUCAUUCCAGAAGAGUAGCCCAUUUGGCUUCGAGGAUUCAGUUCCAGGGACUCCACUUUCGAGGGCUGGAAAUUCACCACAAGGAAUCAAUGCUGGGGCAGGGGAUCCCUUCUUUGACAGUUUCUCAAGGUACGAUUCCUUCAGUAUGCAAGAUCGCGGUUCUCCACGAAGGGAAACCCUCACUAGGUUUGACUCGAUAAACAGCACUAGAAGUUAUGACCAUGGUCGAGGAUUCUCAUUUGAUGACUCUGAUCCCUUUGGUUCAAAUGGUCCAUUCAAGGUCUCAUUGGAUAGUCAAACUCCUAAGAAAGGAUCUGAAAGCUGGAGUUCUUUCUAAGACGUAAAGACAACUUUUUAUGCUAUUUGGGCCGGAAGAAUGGUUGCUGUUCUUGUCUUACGCAGAGUUGUCUUUAUUGAGUUGCCCACAGGCAGUAGAUGAGAGCACAGUACUCCUUGGAAAGUUUUUGGUUAUCUUUGUUUACUAGGGGGGUACUGGUGUCUUGUUUUUUUCUGAUGAUGUCUGUAUUUUCUCUUGUUUGAUGUUUUGCUAGGGGGUAUUUUCUCUUUGUUUGAUGUUGUCUGUAUUUACUUGUUUACAUUUUUCGUGUAUUCCUCAGUAAUUGUGUUUUUUCAAUUUUGCCAUCUUGCCAUAGAGUUUCGUGUAAAGGGAGACCAAAUGUAUUUGGCAUAGGAAUGCUACUUUGAUUGUUGCAGUGUGCAUAAUGUAUAAGGUGCGACUGAACAAUUUGUGAUCAAUUAUUUUAACCGUACAUUGUUGUG